AUGACCGAAGGCAAGGCUCUCAGAGUCCGGGUGACCUUUGCUAUUAUUCUGAUAGGGGUUGCCUUGAUGUUCACGGCAGUGGUGACCGACCAUUGGGCUGUGCUGAAUCCUAAGGUGGAGGAAUACAACACUACCUGUGAGACAGCUCACUUUGGGUUAUGGAGACUCUGUAUCAAACGGAUCUACAUUGAGGAAAACAAGAUGGAGAAGGAACAUGGCUGUGGGCCCAUAAGCCUGCCAGGAGAGUAUAACUGUUCCUAUUUCACACACUUUGUCUCGGGAGAAAGCACUGAGAUCUUUCAAGUAUCAACACAACGAGGCAUUUUAGGGGGUGAAAGUACCAGACCUAAAAUUCCUAAAUAUAAUGAGAAGCAUUUCCAUGUGUUCUAA